AUGCUCGUACUCGGCGCCGCCCUCCUAGUCCUCGCGACGGCCGCCAGUGCCGCCGCGAACCAGACGUCCCUCACGCCACUCACCUUCCCCGUGUCCGCCGCGGAUCCCGUGCUCGCCUUCUCCCCUGUGGGGCCGCGUACGCCGGACACGCAGGGCGGCACGGACGCGGCGAACGCGCCGACGGGCGCCAACUCGGUCGCGCCGGCCGACGGGUGGGACAUGUCGUACUCUGGCGUCGACCUGCCCCUCGCCAACAUCACCUUCAGCACGCUUGGCGCCGGCGUGCCGAAGCGGACCACUUCUUACUCCGGCGCCACAGUCGCGCUCAAGUUUAUCGGCACAGGCGUCGUGUUCUACGGCAACACGACCGACAGCGCCGGCUUCAGCGUCAAGGUCGACGGGUUCCCUGUCAACUCUGCCGGCACCAACGGGCUGCUGGUGAACGUUACCAACUUGCCGUACACGCAGCACCAGGCCAUUCUUACGGUCAACUCGGGCACGCUCGACUUUUACUCUGCGUCGAUACUCACCGCGCUGCAGACUGAGGGGAUCACGAGCGACAAGGUCAACGUCACGACGGUGUCGACUGUCACCGGGGCGAACAAGACGCUCAACCCCGUGUUCACGGCCAUGUCGACUGGCGGCACGCCGUGGGCUGGGCGCUGGGACUGGGCGGGAACGUCCUGGGACCACGUCGGCACGACGGGCCAAGACGCAACCCUCGCCUACUCGGUCCCCGCCAACACGUCCUACCUCGCGCUGUACGGGGGCACGUCGGGCUGGAACGGCGACUACCAGGUGUCGUUCACGCCGGCGCUGUCGUCCGAGGCGACCGGCACGAGGGGGUCAGAGUACAACCUGUGGCGCGGACAGGACGUGCUCCUCUGGGCUGGCCCGCUCGACCCAGCGACGAAAUACGACGUCGUGCUCAAGACGCUGCUUGCCAACUGGUGGAUCGACGUGUCGCAGGUGCGCACUUGGAGCGCUCUGAACGGCACGGCAGAUGCCAACGGGGGCAACGGCGGCGGUAAGGCCGACGAGAAGAAGAGCAGCACCAACAUCGGCGCGAUUGUCGGCGGUGUCGUCGGCGGCGUGGUUGCGCUGCUCGCUAUCGCCGCGCUCGUCUUCUUCCUCCGUCGCAAGAAAGCCAGCAAGCCCAAGGCUUCGCCGCUAGAUAUCCUCGACUCGGACAUGUACGAGUACAACCCGCAGUCAGCGACCCGCCCGGCCCAGCUCACUCCGCCGGCAAGCGAGGAACACGCCCUCCUCACGCCGUUCACUGCCCCGCUGACGUCGACGUCCUCCGCGCCCGCGAGCCACUCGGCCGGCGCGAGCCAGUCGGGCGCGGGCACGCCCCCGCUCGUCGCGUCGACCAAGUACGGCUUCUCGCGGCCCGAGAUCACGCACCAGGAGACGGACGCCGGCGCGGUGGUGAAUGUCGUGCCGCCGAGCUAUAACCCCGAUUGGGCGGCCGGGUCGAGGGGCCGCGGGUAG